UUUCUAAGAAUCUCGUUGGCUGAACAUCAUCACGUGACGCCAACUUCCGGCCUGAAAAUAUAUUUUUCCUGUCCAAGAAACGUGAAUUUGAGAUAAACAAACGUUAUAUUUUAUUUAGCUACGAAACGUUCGAAUGUAGGUGGUGGUAGCCACAUUACAUUUUAUCAUGGUGAAAUGCGUGGUCCAGGGGUGUCCUAAUCGAAGUGACAAUAAUAAAGGAGCGUUUCCGAAUCGUCCUUCCAAGAGGUUUUUCAAUUUUCCUAAUGACCAGGCUCGGGUGAAAGUGUGGCUUGCCGCACUGCGAGAAACGGAGAAGGAGGAUUCAACAGAGGAGCACCAAAUAUGUGAAGACCACUUUCUGACAGACCACAUAACACCACGCGGAAUAAGCGAGGAUGCCAUUCCUAUCAUGCCCCCAUACCUCGACGGGCCACUGAGUCUGAUCAGCCCGUGGGGCGAGGACUCUUCUGACGAAGAGGAAUUCGUGGAUGAUGAUGAUGCUUCGGCUAUGCACAAUGACGAUGUUGAAGAAAAAUAUGAUGAGAGUCAGGCCGAGACAGAACCAUCUGCAUCUAGGUUCCGUGCACUGGUUGAAGGCACCAAGACAAAGACAAGACAAGUCGGUGCUUCUACUGAACCCAAGCCAGUGUUACCGUACACCAGUAAGGGAUUUGUCCGCCAGGAUCUAUCCCUGGCUCUGUUGACCAAGAAGUUCCUAAGGCUGAUGAGUGGCGCCCCUCAUGGUAUCAUGGACCUCAACCUCGCAGCACAGAAUCUCCACACACGCAAACGGAGGGUAUAUGACAUCACCAACUGCCUGGAGGGGAUCAAGCUCAUCCAGAAACAAUCGGCCAACAAGAUCAAGUGGAUAGGUCUGUGUCCAGUCACCAGUUUUAUUGGGCCGAAGCAGAGGCUUCAGCGAGAGCUGCAGAACCUGAAGACGGUGGAGGAGAGUCUAGAUGCGCUCAUCAAGACCUGUGCCCAGCAGCUCUUUGACAUGACUGACAGUUUGGACAACAUAGAAUUAGCCUACGUGACCCACAGUGACAUCAGUGCUAUCAAGGUGUUCCAGGAACAGACGGUCGUUGCCAUCAAGGCCCCGGAAGAGACCAAGCUGGAGGUGCCAACACCCAAGGAGGAUGACAUCCAAAUCCACCUGAAGGGAGGCAGGGGACCAAUCAAAGUGCUGACCUGUGAGAUGGACGGGCCUCAACGUGCCACACAAGGAAGUGGAAAGACAACCGGCUUUCUAUCACUGGAGGAGAGCCGGAUUAAGACCAUGCUUCUGCACACAGUUGAAUGUGCUGACAGCAAAAUCACCCAAAAAUGAUCAAUGGAAAUCAAAUUGAUCAACCCAUGGAGGUCUGGAUUUGGAGUCACACUCAAAAUUAAAGUGGAAAACCACACUACAGGCUGAUCCAACUUUGAUGUAAUGUCCUUAAAACAAGUCAAAAUGAGGCUCCGUAGUGUGUGUGUGUGGCCUCCACGUGCCUGUAUGACCUCCCUACAACGCCUGGGCAUGCUCCUGAUGAGGUGGCGGAUGGUCUCCUGAGGGAUCUCCUCCGAGACCUGGACUACAGCAUCCGCCAACUCCUGGACAGUCUGUGGUGCAACAUGGCGUUGGUGGAUGGAGCAAGACAUGAUGUCCCAGAUGUGCUCAAUUGGAUUCAGGUCUGGGGAACGGGCGGGCCAGUCCAUAGCAUCAAUGCCUUCCUCUUACAGGAACUGCUGACACAGUCCAGCUACAUGAGGUUUAGCAUUGUCUUGCAGUAGGAGGAACCCAGGGCCAACCACACCAGCAUAUGGUCUCACAAGGGGUCUGAGGAUCUCAUCUCGGUACCUAAUGGCAGUCAGGCUACCUCUGGCGAGCACAUGGAGGGCUGUGCGGCCCCCCAAAGAAAUGCCACCCCACACCAUGACUGACCCACAGCCAAUCCAGUCAUGCUGGAGGAUGUUGCUGGCAGCAGAACGUUCUCCACGGCGUCUCCAGACUGUCACGUCUGUCACAUGUGCUCAGUGUGAACCUGCUAUCAUCUAUGAAGAGCACACGGCGCCAGUGGCGAAUUUGCCAAUCUUGGUGUUCUCUGGCAAAUGCCAAACGUCCUACACGGUGUUUGGCUGUAAGCACAACCCCUCAAACGGUUUCUGACCGUUUGAGCAGACACAUGCACAUUUGUGGCCUGCUGGAGGUUAUUUUGCUGGGCUCUGGCAGUGCUCCUCCUUGCACAAAGGCGGAGGUAGCGGUCCUGCUGCUGGGUUGUUGCCCUCCUACGGCCUCCUCCACGUCUCCUGAUGUACUGGCCUGUCUCCUGGUAGCGCCUCCAUGCUCUGGACACUACGCUGACAGACACAGCAAACCUUCUUGCCACAUCUCGCAUUGAUGUGCCAUCCUGGAUGAGCUUCACUACCUGAGCCACUUGUGUGGGUUGUAGACUCCGUCUCAUGCUACCACUAGAGUGAAAGCACUGCCAGCAUUCAAAAGUGACCAAGACAUCAGCCGGGAAGCAUAGGAACUGAGAAGUGGUCUGUGGUCCCCACCUGCAGAACAACUCCUUUAUUGGGGGGGGGGGGGGGGGCUUGGUAAAUGCCUAUCAUUUCCACCUGUUGUCUAUUCCAAUUGCACAACAGGAUGUGGAAUGUAUUGUCAAUCAGUGUUGCUUCCUAAGUGGACAGUUUUAUUUCACAGAAGUAUGAUUGACUUGGAGUUACAUUGUGUUGUUUAAGUGUUCCCUUUAUUUUUUUGAGCAGUGUAUUUUGUUGUGGUCAACAAAUCAACUGUUAAUUUCUCCUU